AUGCGGGAUAUCAAGUGCGUAGUGGUUGGUGAUGGUGCUGUCGGUAAAACAUGCUUAUUGAUCUCAUACACUACCAACGCCUUUCCUGGCGAGUACAUCCCUACCGUCUUUGAUAAUUAUUCGGCCAAUGUGAUGGUCGAUGGCCAGUAUGUAACGCUAGGUCUAUGGGAUACUGCUGGCCAGGAAGAUUAUGAUCGCUUAAGACCACUGUCUUACCCUCAAACCGAUGUAUUUUUGAUUUGCUUUUCCUUGGUCAGUCCGACAUCGUUCGAGAAUGUACGUGCUAAAUGGCACGGAGAAGUAUCCCAUUACUGCCCGGAUACGCCACUCAUUUUGGUUGGCACCAAGUUAGAUCUUCGCGAUGAUCGAGAAACGAUCAAUAAAUUAAAAGAGAAAAAUAUGGCUCCUAUACCCUUUGCAGACGGUCUUAAAAUGAGCAAAGAUAUCAAUGCGGUUAAAUAUUUAGAAUGUUCAGCUUUAUCGCAGAAAGGGUUAAAAGCUGUAUUCGAUGAAGCCAUUCGUGUUGUACUGUGUCCGCCUGCCGUGUCAAAGCCCAAAAAAGAUAGAAAUAAGAAACCUUGCCUACUUCUAUAA